AUGGCCUCUGACAAUGUCACUGAGGGAGGAGCUGCUGCAACUUCGCCCACCCAGCCAUCUACAAGUGCACCUCGGGUCAGGAAGCCGGACUUUCGUAUGAUCAUCAGAAAUGGCUGCAGAUCGAACGAUAUAGCUGAAGUAUCAAAGGGCUUCGAACUGGCCGCUUCCAAAGGGGAGAAAAACCAAGCCUUGCUCUCCUGGGCCCUGGCUAGAGCAGUUGACUUCGGUCACGUCGACAUGGCGCGAUAUUUGAUUGAGCAGGAAGACGCACCUCUUGAUACCGUUUCCCCUUUCAUAGUAGCGCACAACCCAUCCACCGAGAUGUUCCAAGUCCUCGUCGACCAUGGGUGGGAUAUUAAUCAGAACUCGCGCGACCAUGGCGUGGGACAGGGUAAAUGCCUCUUACAACAUAUUUGCCAUGACGAAUCUCUUGUGCGCUGGUGUCUCGACCACGGUGCCAAGGUGGAGGGCAUGUACACCGACCCAUAUGAGAGCCCACCAAUCCUAGAUAUGGUUGCUUGCAGAGGCAUGAUUUCCACCUUCGAACUUCUCCGUUCCCGAGGAGCUCAGCUGGGCCCACGCACCCUACAUCGUGCUGUCGAUGGUGCAUCGUCCGGUGGAGGUAUUCGAAUGGCGAUGGUGAAGUACCUCGUGGACGACCUUGGCCUUGAUGUUAAUACAUUGGAUACCGAAGAAAAACUUCCUGAUCAUUGGGGGACACCUCUCUGCUACGCAGCCAGAUGGCAUGUUGGUCAUGAAGCUGUGGUUCGUUUCUUACUCGAACGAGGUGCCGACCCCUCAAUCAAAGAUAUCUACGGAAAUCACGAUGCAUUCAGUCUGGCGGGAUUCCGCAAGAACCAUGCUGUUGUGGAGGUGUUACAGGAAUGGAAGGAGAAUCAUCAAGGAGAAUAG